AUGGCAGACAUGUGGGUUCUCUCAUGGAGGGACAGCAGUCAGACCCCUCCCCCAUGUCUUAUCCGUAGACUUGACCACAUCGUGAUGACGGUGAAGAGCAUCAAAGACACCACCAAGUUUUAUUCCAAGAUCCUGGGCAUGGAGGUCAUGACUUUUAAGGAAGACCGGAAAGCACUGUGUUUUGGAGACCAGAAAUUUAACCUCCACGAGGUGGGAAAGGAAUUUGAACCCAAAGCUGCUCACCCAGUUCCUGGCUCCCUGGACAUAUGUCUGAUAACAGAGGUGCCUUUGGAGGAAAUGAUCCAGCACCUCAAGGCUUGUGAUGUCCCUAUUGAGGAGGGGCCAGUCCCCAGAACAGGGGCAAAAGGGCCUAUUAUGUCCAUCUACUUCCGAGACCCUGACAGAAACCUGAUUGAGGUGUCAAACUACAUCUCCUCGUGACGGAGGCUAGACCUCCUCCAUUCUGUCCCCCUCGAUGUCGCCCUCUCCUUUCCUUCCUGCAAACCCCCACCCAGGCCCAGAGACCUCUGAGGACUGAAGACUUAGUCACUUCACACAUCCUGCUCAGGG